AUGGCCGAGACCACUCCUACGCCGCAGCCAGCUUCGGCAUUUACCUCAACGCCGCUGCCCCGCGUCGCAAUCCAGUUCUGCACUCAGUGUAAGUGGAUGCUCCGAGCAGCAUAUUUCGCCCAAGAGCUCCUAUCGACUUUCUCAACCUCUAUCGGCGAGGUUGCCCUCCAACCCUCCACAGGCGGCACAUUCACUGUGACACUAACCCACCAACCCCCCGGCGCGACAACGACCUCGACCACGAUUCUCUGGGACCGCAAGACCGAAGGAGGCUUCCCCGAGACCAAGGAGCUCAAGCGCCGUCUCCGCGACGUCAUCCAACCCGACAGAGAUCUCGGCCACGUCGACCGGAAACACUCCAAGCCCACGACGGCGGCAGCAGACACUGCAGCACCGUCAACGACGACGAAGACGACAACGGCCAUCGCAUCCGAAUCCUCCGCGCAACCCCCGACCCCAGCCUCAGACGCACUUGCCACGGCGCCGACAAUGACGAUGCCCUCCUCCGCCGCCGCUCCAGACCUCGUCUCCCAACUCAAGAAACACCCAGCCAACGCAAGCAAAAACCCCGCCGCCGCCGACGAAGCUGCCACGUCCGGGAGCAACGAACAGAGCUCUUCCCUCAGCGACGCAGCCCGAGACGCCAUUGGCGCAGCCCGCGCGAACAAGGGACAACAGGCCAAGACCGAGAUCUCGCCCGCGGGCCAGAGGCCCGGCCAACAAUACGACGAUCCACCGGCCAAGUUCAACAAGGAGAAGUGCGAGGACUGUGCUUAA